UUAUGAAACAUUUAAUUUAGUUUCAACUUAGCUUCAGUAUAAUUAAUUUUGCACAUAUCGAAAAAUGAAAUUUUUCCUUUAUUUCGGAUUAAUCACAAUUUCUUUCGCAAUUUGUGAAUGUUUGAAAUGUUAUAACUGUUAUCGUUCCUCUAAACUCGUAAAAAUGGAUACUGUAAUAGAAAAUAUGCACAAUGAUAAUGAAACUUUCGAAACUAAACCAUGUAAUUAUGAUACUAACGGAAAAUUAGUAGGUCCAUUUUGUGAAACUCCAAAAAAAUGCGGCUAUUUUAAUAUGAACAUGGGUCCAGAAAUAGAGAUCUUUGAUUUAUAUUUUUGUUUUGAAGCAGAAACAAAAACUGUUUUUCGACAAUUCAAAUAUGCUAAUAACAAAUAUUUAAAGGGUUAUCGCAAAAUUUGUUCCACUGAUUUGUGUAAUGGUGCUUCUUCAAUUACAAUUACGUCACUAGUAAUUACCAUAGUAUUAUUAUUAUUGUUGUUGUUUUCAUAAAAAAUUAUUGUACCUAAA